GUUUGUGGGGAUGGGCAGGGGGAGAGGAGCCUGCGUGUAGCAGGACCUAGCGGUUUGUUGUUGGGUGCGUAGUGCCCAACUCUUUCAUGAAGAAAAGACACAAGGCAGAUCUCGUUUCAAGAGAUGCGUGAACAAUCGAAGAAUGCAGAGGCCGAUGCUGAGAUGUACAUGAAGUUCAUGAAAAGUCAUUGCUGCUAUGAGACCAUUCCAACCAGCUGUAAACUGGUCAUAUUUGACACAACACUACAAGUAUGCUGACUAUAACAGAUUUCAUCAACAUUCUCCAUCAUUACUACAGGUCCCCAUUGGUUCAAAUGAAUGAGCUGGAGAGGCAUCAAAUUGGAACUUGGCGAGAUGUGUACCUGCAAUACUCCAACCACUGUCUUCACAGUAUCACUCCAGACGCCAGCCUCUUCGACGCCAUCUAUUCCCUACUGAGGUAUAAGAUCCACAGAUUGCCGGUUAUUGAUCCCGUGUCUGGAAAUGUCUUACACAUUCUCACGCACAAGCGAAUCCUCAAGUUUCCACAACACCAAAUAGUGGUGUUGUGAACUGUGUGUGUUGCUUUUACAUUCAUUGUGUUCCUUUCUACACAGAACGAGACAGUCCCAAAACCCUGCUUCAUGCAGAAGACGAUCCAGGACGUUGGGAUCGGGACAUUCCGGAACAUUGCCACGGUCCAGCAGACGGCCUCAGUCUACGAUGCCCUGUCUCUGUUUGUAGAGAGGACGGUCUCCGCACUGCCCGUAGUAAAUGAGCAAGCAAGGUGGUGGCUCUCUACUCCAGAUUUGAUGUGAUUGUAAGUACCCCAAAACUGCCCUUUACAGUUUAAUUCACCUGAAAACUAUACAAAAUCAAGUCCUUCGUGUCUUUGUUUGGUGCGUUGUGUACAUUUGAAUUGUUCUCGCCGCUCCUCUCCUCGUCUCUUCUUCUCGGAGACAGAAUUUGGCCGCCUAGAAGACAUACAACAACCUGAACAUGUCCAUGGAGGAGGCCAUCCGACGGCGCUGCUGUUUCGUCGAGGGCGUGGCCAAGUGCCUCCCUGACGAGACCCCUGGAGACCGUCAUCGAUCGCAUCAUUAAGGCUGAGGUCCAUCGGCUGGUCCUGGUGGACAAAGAGGAUGUGUGUAGGGGGAUCAUCUCUCUCUCCGACCUGCUCCAGGCCGUGGUGUUAACCCCGGCAGGUAAUGACACCCUUUAGCCUCAAAACACCUGUGGGAGUCAGGACCUCUUGCCCUACCUCCAUCUUCCACCGCCUCUAGCCCCACCUCCCCGGCCCAGAGAUUUCAAGCAAAUCAAACUGAGAUCACUAGAGAACAAUGUGAAGUGGAUGAAAAGGGAGACCGUUUUCAAAAUGUCAUCGUACUGCUGUGGAGAGAAACAUAAUCCGCAACAAUCAACUGUAUCAGUUGAGUUCAAUAAAACACAAUUGUCCUUAGUUGCAUUUUAUCAAAUUGAUGAUGUAAGUUUGUGUUACUUUGUGUUGCGCUGAAUUUGUGCUUUAUUAAACAUGUUCUAAUCAA